AUGCAGAAUCCUUUAACUUUUUCUGCAGGUGGUGGUUUUUUGCAUGCUAAUCCUGCAGAGAAACAUUGUGUCCAACAAAGUAUGCUGGGUCAGCAAAAACAAGAAAGUUGUGCUGGAGAGACAGUAUCCACAGAUAGACACAAAUCCCCUUCGGAUAUAAUACAAAGUUUUCAGACGAAAAGUCAGUUUAGGACCAUUGCUCCGAAAAUGGUACCAAAAAUUUUAACAUCUGGAGUGGUUUCUUGUCUUCAGUCAUCUUUGCCAGAGCUAAAUACACCAAUUUCAGCUGCGGGUUCUAAACCGCUGGUGGUACCAACUCAAAACUAUGCUGUCAUGCAGGUGGCUGGCCAUGAGGGGACUUUUUCUCUGUUGGCCUUGCCAUAUGUUGCCCCUGCUCUAACGCAGCAAGUCCAGAAGUCAAACGUGGCCCCUUCUGAAAACCUAAAGCUGCCUAUCCCUAGGUACCAGUCUGUAAGAAAUAAGUUGCUGAGUAACAAAAAACUGGCACAAGUCUCUGUCUUGCGUGCACAUAACAUGACUCCUACCAAAGCAUCGAUCUCAUCACAGACUUCCCCCAUGACUACUUUGACUGAAGACUGUCCUGAAACUCAUUCUAGUGCAGAUUCAACUGAGCAAGUGAUGCUAGCAGACCAUGACUCAGCUGAAAUUACAGCUGCCACAUUAGUAAAUAAAAGCAAUUGUGUGGAGUCUGGAUCUCCUUUAGUGAACAAAACUGAAAUUGCUAAUGGUAAUGUUUCUGGGCCAUCUGUAGCUGAAGACUCUCUAUCCAAGCCAGCAAGUACAAUUAAUCCCAUGAAACUAAGUUUACACUCUGUGAAGAGAGCAUCUGAAACCACAAGAGAGUCACUCAUACUGUCUGAAAAACAAGAGGAAAAACCCACAAAUUCUGCAAAUUCUGUUGCUGUCCUGUCACCGGCAGUUUUUAGCAGUACAAUACAGAUGACUCCAUCAGCACCAAAAGGAAAACUUCCUAUUUUGCCUUACUCAAGGAUGAAAAAUUCAGUGUUCUGUAAAGCUAAGCAGAAUACUGUUAUGGAUGUAUCUGGUCCUUCACCAAGAUCUGAAUGUGAAAAGAUACCAGCUUUGACAAAAUCCUUUGAUGUUCCUACUAAAGCAUCUGAUAAACGAUUAGCUGUAUCAUUUACAGAAGUCCCCAGACAAACCAUUCGAGAAAAUACCUUCUCUCCGUCCAAUAAAGUGGAUGUCGACAGUCUUAAAAAAUUGAACGGUGAAGCCUGUAAAAGAAGAGGCAGGAAAAGAAGAGCCCCAGAUGAUUUAUUGGCUUUUCAGACCAAGCGAAGGAAAUGCAUCAUUAAUAAGUUUAGAGAAGGAAGAGAGAGGGCGAAAGUUGAUCUUCAGCCAUCUGAAGACCAAAAAGCAGAGACAGUGAAGAAAUACCGUAGUAUUAGACCCAAACCCGUGGUAGUUGUGCAGGCUUUUGCACCACUGACUUCUGCAGCAAUAGUAGAGACACCAUCUCCUGACCAAGAUAUUGUUUUAAGCAGUUCACUUCCCAACAAAUAUUUAAGUUACAAGCAUAGUGAUGCCACAUCAGCUAAAUCAAGUGAUUUAAGUAGAAAUGCGUGUUCAGCCAUACCUAAGCCGUCACAUAAAUGCCAUGUUUGUAACCAUAUCUUCCAGUUUAAACACCAUCUUCAGGACCAUAUGAACACGCAUACAAACAAGCGGCCUUACAGCUGUCGAAUUUGCCGGAAAGCGUAUAUUCACUCUGGAAGCCUGAGCACGCAUAUGAAACUUCAUCACAACGAAGGCAAGCCCAAAAAAUUUGUGUGUUGUGAAUUCUGUGCUAAAGUUUUUGGCCAUGCAAAAGUGUAUUUUGGUCACCUAAGAGAAGUGCACAGGGUUGUUAUCAGCACAGAGCCCUCUACCAGUGAGCAACAGAUGCAAGAUGCUUUAAAGAAGAGAGACACAAACAUCAAAGAAGCAGAAGCAGCAGCAGAGAGGGGAAGUAAGUGCAAUUUUGAGGACCUAUUCCAUAACCCAGGAGAAGUGAAAUUACAGAUCAAAUGUGGUCGAUGCCAGUUUAUUGCACAGUCUUUUGGUGAAAUGAAAUUUCACUUACUGUGCUCUCACGGAGAAGAGAUCCAGGGAAGAGUGAAGGAAGGGGUAUUGCAGGGAAAUAGAGGAGCUAAGGGAGAACUGAUCAAACACACAACCCACUUCUGGAAACAGCGCCAUGAAAGAAGACAUUUAGCAAAAUGCAGUGCCCAUGAGGAGGAGUUUUAUACUUUUCCAAAACUGAAAAGACACCUAUACUUCCACCAUCAAAAUAAUGUCAAUAUGUUACCUAAAAGUGAACUGACUCAGUCGGGAAGCGGUGAAGCAGCCAAGGAGAUGCAAAAGGUAGGUUUUGGUAUACCAAGCAAAAAACCAGAAAUUUGGUCUAAAGCAGGCUAUAACUGUAUUUUAUGCAAACAGUUAUUUGGAAGAAAAGAGGACCUUUGUAAUCAUUGGCAGAGUCAUCAUAACUGUGAAGACCCUUCCACUCUAUGGACAAUUUUUAGUUUGUUAUCCAAACAAGGAAUUAUUGAACUUUCUAGUAAUGGUGAAUAUUGAAGCUCAGUUCUAUAGUGC